CUUCCCUUCCCUAUGGUAUUUCUGAACUAUUGCUGCUGCUUCUUUUUUUCACCAAUAAAGGCCAGAUUUGGACAAGAGUUGGACCAUAAUCCAGGAGCAGAUCCAGAUGGACUCCAUGGUCAUCAAGGGCCUUGAUCCAGAUACCAACUACCAGUUUGCUGUGAGGGCUGUGAAUCAUCACGGACCCAGUCCACGAAGCUGGCCCAGUAACACCAUCCGAACACUUGGUCCUGAGGAGGUAGGAAGCGGCCGCUAUGGACCUCGUUACAUCACCGAUGUUGGAGUCAGUGAGGAUGACGAUGGAUUUGAAGACGACCUAGAUCUGGAUAUCUCCUUUGAGGAGGUUAAACCACUUCCUGCUACCAAAGAAGGGAAUAAGAAAUUCUUGGUAGAAUCCAAGAUGACGUCUCUGUCCAACCCAAAGACCUUUUCCCAGCAUGCUCCACCUACCUCAGCAUCUGUCCCUGUGACCAUGGUGGCUGUCCCUCCCACUCCUGUCAAACGAGAAGGGAAGAGUAGUGUGGCCAUGGUGUCCAGGCUCUUUGACAUGUCCUGUGAUGAAGCCCUCUGCUCUGCGGACAGCUUUUGUGUCAAUGACUACACCUGGGGGGGCUCCCGGUGUCAUUGCAACUUGGGCAAAGGUGGCGAGGGCUGCUCAGAAGAUGUUGUUAUACAGUAUCCUCAGUUCUUUGGUCACUCCUAUGUGACCUUUGAGCCGCUGAAAAACUCCUAUCAGGCAUUUCAAAUCACUCUGGAAUUCAGGGCAGAGGCAGAAGAUGGCUUGCUGCUCUACUGUGGGGAGAAUGAACAUGGAAGAGGGGAUUUCAUGUCUCUGGCUGUCAUCCGACGUUCCCUCCAGUUCAGGUUUAAUUGUGGAACUGGGGUUGCUAUCAUCCUAAGUAAGACCAAAAUCAAACUGGGGGCAUGGCAUACAGUCACACUCUAUAGAGAUGGGCUAAAUGGGCUGUUGCAACUGAACAAUGGCACCCCGGUGACAGGCCAGUCCCAGGGCCAGUACAGUAAAAUUACCUUCCGAACACCUCUCUAUCUUGGUGGGGCUCCCAGUGCUUACUGGCUGAUAAGAGCAACAGGGACAAACCGUGGCUUCCAAGGCUGUGUGCAGUCACUUGCUGUUAAUGGGAAGAAGAUUGACAUGAGACCCUGGCCGCUGGGAAAAGCCCUCAGUGGGGCCGACGUGGGGGAAUGCAGCAGUGGAGUCUGUGAUGAAGCCUCCUGCAUCAACGGUGGCACCUGUGCAGCUAUCAAAGCCGACUCCUACAUUUGCCUGUGUCCUCUGGGGUUCAAAGGUCGACACUGUGAAGCUGCCUUCACCUUGACCAUUCCUCGCUUCAGCGCGUCUCUGAGGUCCUACGCUGCCACGCCCUGGCCCCUGGAGCCUCAGCAUUACCUUUCUUUCACUGAGUUUGAGAUCACCUUUCGGCCAGACUCGGAGGAUGGAAUCCUCCUGUACAGCUAUGACACAGGCAGCAAGGACUUCUUGUCCAUCAACAUGGCAGGGGGACAUGUGGAGUUCCGCUUUGACUGUGGUUCUGGGACUGGUAUUCUCAGGAGUGAAGAUCCCCUCACCCUAAGACAGUGGCAUGAGCUGCGUGUUUCUCGCACAGCAAAGAAUGGUAUCUUACAGGUGGAUAAACAGAAGGUAGUGGAGGGAAUGGCAGAGGGAGGCUUCACCCAGAUUAAGUGCAACACGGACAUUUUUAUUGGCGGAGUCCCCAACUACGAUGAUGUGAAGAAGAACUCAGGCAUCUUGAAGCCAUUUAGUGGCAGCAUCCAGAAGAUCAUCCUGAAUGACCGGACCAUCCACAUGAAGCAUGACUUCACGUCUGGUGUGAACGUGGAGAAUGCAGCCCACCCCUGCGUGGGGGCCCCCUGUGUGCACGGGGGCACCUGCCGGCCCAGGAAGGAGGGCUAUGAGUGUGACUGCCCCUUGGGCUUUGAGGGCCUGCACUGCCAGAAAGCCAUCACAGAAGCCAUCGAGAUCCCUCAGUUUAUUGGCCGCAGUUACCUGACAUAUGACAAUCCAAAUAUCCUCAAGAGGGUGUCAGGAUCAAGAUCAAAUGUGUUUAUGAGGUUUAAGACGACUGCCAGGGAUGGCCUGCUGAUGUGGAGGGGAGACGGCCCUAUGAGACCCAAUAGUGACUUCAUUUCUCUCGGCCUCCGGGAUGGAGCCCUGGUGUUCAGUUACAACCUGGGCAGUGGUGUUGCAUCCAUCAUGGUGAAUGGCUCUUUCAACGAUGGCCGGUGGCACCGGGUCAAGGCUGUUAGGGAUGGUCAGUCAGGGAAGAUUACUGUGGAUGACUAUGGAGCCAGAACAGGCAAGUCACCUGGCAGGAUGAGACAACUCAAUAUCAAUGGACCUCUGUAUGUGGGUGGAAUGAAGGAAAUUGCUCUGCACACAAAUAGGCAGUACAUACGAGGCCUUGUGGGCUGCAUCUCCCACUUCACCCUGUCCACCGAUUACCACAUCUCCCUCGUGGAAGAUGCAGUGGAUGGGAAAAACAUCAAUACUUGUGGAGCCAAGUAACACCAGCUGGUCUUGCCCAAGGGACGGAGCCUCUAUCCUGACCAUCCUGGGGGUCCCUGAGAUCUGCCGGAUGCCACACACAGAGGCCCAGGGACCAGGUGUGUUUCCUCUCAUCAAGGAAGAGUUCAUCCUGAUGGGAACUGAGAACCAAGACAGGAGGCCCUGUCCUGGGUGACCUUUCCUGCUGACGCUCUGUGGGCCAAACCCAAAGAAUAGUUUGUGUAGGAAGCAUCAGACUUUGUCCAUUCAAUGUGUAGAGUCUGCCAGAGAUCACACAUUAAUGCGAACUCCAGAGCCCGUCUGCUAUAGUUCAAUGACUGUGUUGUGAUUCAUAGUGCAUAUGAGAGAGAGAGAGAGAGAGAGAGAGAGAGAGAGAGAGAGAAAGAGAAUACCCUACAGAGCAGUAUUAAGUUACUUCUCUCCUUCCCUGACUCAUGACACUAUUACUGACAGCAGAAUGACUGUAUGUGACCUUGAGCAUCAAAUUUCCCACCUUGGCCCAUGGAUUAUUCAAAUUAGCCCUUUCUACUCCUCACUGGCUGGCUCAAUGUGCAGCACCUUCACGAAAAUAAAUGUUGGGGAGAUUAAACAUAGAAUCAAAAUCAUAAUGUGACCCCUUCCCAGAAACUUACAUUUAAUGCAAAAUCUCUACUUUUUAUAAUGCAAAUCUAAGAAAAUGGGCCCCGUGAUUUUGUAGCUGUACUUUUGUAUGUGUAUAUUUUUUAUAGCUGCAGACUGUCUGCACAGUAUACUUUUGGAAAUUAGUGUGGACAACCCUAAUUCUUGCACACUUUCCUAAAAAUUUUCUCCCAAAGGAGACUUGUUUUGGCCAUUUGUGGUAGAAGUGACAUGGGUGGGACACUGAGGGAGCGGACCAUUCUCUUUCAGUGCAUGUUGGUGGCUCAAG